AUGUACCCGGAAUCCGAUGAGGGAAUAAAGCACAUGGAAUUGACCAUUGAGGUCGGUAAAAGAACUGAUUAUGACCAAAAAGAGUCUACUCAUGGUCCAGAAGCACACGAAGUUCAUGCCACAAAUAAUGGUAAUGCUCACCAAGAGAAGGACAACUUCACUGACUACAAAGAAGAUCCUAUGAAAUACUGGAGCACGUGA